CAAUCAAUCGUCCAUCGAAAUAACAACAUUGUUUUGGCCUUAUCAAGGGACUAAACGGCAGCAGGAAAUUUGCGAAUAAAUCCAUGAAAAUGGAUAACCUCAAAGAACAAGUUAUGAUAAACCAUUUUGUAUCAGCCACAGGAGUACAUGCAGAACAAGCAAAACAGUUGUUAGCGGCUUCAAAUUGGCAAUUUCAGACUGCUCUUAGUAUGUUUCUUCAAGAAUCAUCAAUCCCAACGUGUAGAACAUGUCACGGCAAUCAUUCAAACGCAAAUUACCCGUUAUGUGCACCAGCAAAUACUCCAGCCACACCCCCUAAUUUCCCUGAUGCAUUGUUAGCAUUAUCAAAACUCUCCACCACAGAAAAAUUUAGUUCCUCCCCAUACGCCACCUCACCACAGCAAGUAGCCAAUUCUCCCAAAGGCAUGGAAAUAGAGGCACAGCGAUAAAACUGACAAGCUCCCAGGCAAAGAACAGGAGCAUGGCAUUUGGGACAAGUUUGUUGUUUUGUCAGAUUGGACCACUGUGUUAGCUGUAGUGAUUUCAACAUUGAAGAAGGAUGUGAAAAGUGCUUAGAUAUAUACACAGGGACUGAGAUGAAGACUCGUACUGAAGUUUUACAUUACAUAUUGUCAACCUUGUUGUAUUUCCUCAAUGUGUCUGAUUUUUUUUCUUCUUCUUCUUCUUUAUGAUAAUGAAAUAGUUUGAAGAUUGUAAUGCUCUUUAAGUAAACUGAUUUGUUAUUGGAAAUGAAUUGUGUAAACAUCUCAAGUUAUCAGAUAAAUCAACUAAAAUACUAGGAUUGCUUGUAGAUUUGUGUCAUCAAUAAGAAUCAAUUUUGUUUGUUUCCAGCUUAUUUUUGAUCUCAAUAUUUAUUUGCAACUUGUUUUAUGAUCCAUGCAUGUACACAGUGAAUGUAAAGAAAUGAUACCAUAUUUGUCCCAGUAAUUGUCGAUGUUCAUAAAAUCAUUUUUAUUAUUAACCUUGCAGUCAUAAACAUACUCCUUUGAAAGUAAUAACUGGAUGUUUUAUUUGGUUUUUGAAUGGCAUUGCACCAUUGGGAAAGACCAUGCUUUACAAUCAUUAUAAGUAAAGAAAGUAACUGUAUAUUGUAUGCAUAUUGUAUACAUAGUCAUAGUGCCUAUGGCAUUUACUGGAAUGAAUAUGGUAAAUUUUCAGUUGAAGAAAUGGUUUCAGAUUUCCCACUUGUCAUCUGAAUCAAAAACAUUCUUUUGUAGUUGUGAAAAUUCUUAACUUUUUCUUUCCUGGUGAUUAGCACUGAUUGAAUUACGCUUUUGGCAGGCAAUACUAAAAUGGCUUUCUUUAAUAAAAGUCUCCGUCCAGUUUAGCAAUAUGUAAUGAAAUGAAAGAUCAUUUGAUUGUAUUUCCUCAGAAUUGUGUUACUUUUAUCAAAGAAGGUCAAAUUUUUUGUAGGUCAUUUGUCUGUAUUUAUGUACUGCCAAUUUUUUUGUUAACCUUAGUAACAUUUAUAGCUUUCCCUCCCCCUUGCAAUUUUUAUUUUACCAGAGUAUUUGUGCUAUUAUUUAAUCAUUAAUACAGGUAUUUCUAGACUUUCUGUGAUGGUCUGGACUUAUUGUCAGAAUUAUGAGUAACAUCAUUGCAUGACCUUUAACUGAGGUCCCUGCGAUGAGGUUAUAAAUCAAUGUUCCUCAUUAUCAUAUGUUUGUAUUUUGAAGGAAUAUUGUGUAUAAUUGGGGUAGGAUCUACCCUUCAUUCUUUGGAACUGUUAUUGACUGACUAAACAUUUUCUGUACAUAGUUAUAUUUGAUGGAAUCAUGUUUCAUUAAUUUUUGUAUAGUUACAUGUACUAUGUAUGUAUGUCAUUAACUCCACAUGAGAUGAAAAUAAUGUUAAAAAAAUCAGUUUUUUUAAGUUCUGUAGUAUCCAUUGUUCAUUAAACUUACUCAGGAACUUAAAAAA